CCGCUCUUCCCCUUGAAGACAACACGUUCACACAGUUAGAAGUUUGGGCAAAGGUUGCUGCAAGAUGUCAGACCUGAAAGAGAGUGCGGACAGGCCUUCAGCAGGCUCCACACUGCAGAUGCCCCCUCCGGUAACGAACCUGAAUCCCGCCGCCGACCCCAGAAAAAUGCGCAGGAUUAUCGCGGAGGAUCCAGAGUGGUCUCUUGCCACGGUUCCUAUGCUGACAACUAUCUGCUUGAGGCACAUUGUGAACAACUUUGAAGAAAACCCAAUUGUAGACCAGCUUCUGCCCAGGCACAAAGCACACGUGCUAGGGAGACUGUCCCCAUCCCUGCCCUUGGCCGUGACAGCUAACCUGAUCAGCGACGAGGGUUACUGGAGGAGGUGCUGCCAGCGACGCUGGUCCCUGUGCGACGUCUCCGCCUACGGCCACAGCUGGAAGCGGAUGUUCUUCGAGCGGCACCUCGAAAACCUCAUCGAGCUCUUCAUCCCGGACGUGACUGACCCCGGGUCAGUCCUGGAGGUGAUCCCCCUCUGCAGGAACUACGUGAAGAGGCUGGACAUCUCCCAGCUGCUGCCGCCCAUCAAGCAGCCUCAGAAGGCCGAGGAAGAGGAGGGCUCCGACUCGGCCAGCGAGGCGGGCUUCGACGGGCCCUCCAUCGACCACUUCGACUUCAGCAUCCUGCUGGACAAGCUGGUGAACCUGGAGGAGCUGCACGUGGUCUACCGGGUCAGGGGCUGUGGCAUGAACUUUGAGUGGAACCUGUUCGAGUUCACCUCCCGCGACUGUCAAAGUUUGGCCAACGCUUUGAAAUCUUGCAAGACUUUGAAGGUUCUCAGAAUCCAUCAAAGCAAAGUGGACGACGACAAGUGUCGAAUGAUUGUACGCAGUCUGCUGGAUCACCCAUCGCUCCGGGAGCUCAACCUGUCCCACAACACAAUUGGGGACAGGGGUGCAAAAGCUAUCGGCAAACUGCUGAACCGCAGCGGCCUGGAAAAACUGAUCCUUUGCGAUAACAAGAUCGGAGGGCUGGGGGCCCAAGCCAUCGCUCACGCGUUGACAAAAAACACCACCCUGACCUCUCUGAACCUUCGCCUGAACCUUCUGGGGGACGAAGGGGGGCAGGCUAUCGCUCAGGCCCUUUUAAGGAACAAGACCCUGGUGACCGUGCACCUGGGAGCCAAUCAGAUGACAGAGCCCACAGCCACUGUCCUAUCACAGGUCCUCCUCCAGAAUGACAUUCUGCAGGAAAUCAAUCUCUCCUGCAACAGGCUAGGAGUGGAUGGUGGAAAAGUGCUGGAAGAAGGCAUGUCUCACAACAGCACCCUGUUGGAGUGUGACAUCCGUCUGACAGAAGUGGGUGAAGACAGUGAGUACAACAUCAGCCAAGUCCUUCAACACAACCGGCACAAGGCCCGCAGGAAGCACCUCCACGAGCAGCACACCACGUAGCUUUCAAACAGUCUUC